AUGGAGGCGAUUAGUGGUGGGUUCGGUCCUAGUGGGAAGAGGAAAAUUUCAGACUAUUAUGGCGGCGACGCGGCGGUGACAAAAGCUAAGGCCGAUGAGUCGCUCUGCCUCUUCUUCGCCGGCCUUCGUAUUCCCGAGCACCAUGCGGAUCACCCGCUCUUCCGCAACAUGUUGAGGGCGGUGGCUGAGGCAGGCCCCGGCUACGUCCCCCCCGGCCGCAAGUACGUUGGCGGCGCCGGCCUCCAGCAGUGCCGCAUUCGGAUCGAGGAGGGGUUGGGGCCCAUCAAGAAGACUUGGGGGAAGCAGGGUGUCACCAUUGCGAGCGACAUGAUGACCGAUCGCAACGGGCGCGCACAGGCGAACGUGCUCCUGAUCAAUGACAAUGGGGCGAUGUUUACAGAGAGCAUCGACUGUGGGAAGGAUCAGAAGACGGGCACCUACAUUGCGGACAUGUUACGGCCCAUCGUGGAGGAGGUCGGGCUCCAGAAUGUUGUGGCGCUGUGCACGGAUGGGGGGAGCAACUACCGCUCGGCGUGUCGGAAGUUGGGUGUGGAGUUUCCGCACAUUGAGCUGACGCCAUGCGCCACCCACGUGAUUGACCUGCUGUUGGAGGAUGUGGGGAAGAUGGACUGGGCGAAGAAGCUUGUGGACAGGGGGAACGACAUGAUAAACUUCUUCCGCAAGCAUCAUUGGACCCGCGCGAUGUUGAGGGACCCGACGCUGCCUGGGGGUAAGGUGCUGCAGGCGUUGCGUCCAGCAGGGACUCGCUUUGGCACUCAGUACAUUGCGAUGUCGAGGUUGUGCGAGUUGGAGCAGAAGCUGAUUGUGCUCGUGACGGGCGACCUGUGGAAGGGGUGGGCGGUGGGGGACAGGGAGGAGGGGGCCGAGAAGUUUGCAAAGGAGGUGAUUGAUCCGGCUUGGUGGAAGUCUGCUGCCUUCUUUGUGAAGCUGCUGCAACGGCCCUAUCAGGUGAUGCGCAUGACGGAUUCGACUAGACCUGGGAUGAUGGGCCGCAUGUACGACCUCAUGCUGCAGCUGACGGAAGAUAUGGAGAAGGUGUUGGAUGCGGAUGAGCAGCAGCUGAGCAGGGCGGAAAAGUUGCGGAUCUCACGCAUUCUGAAGGACCGCUGUGUGCCAUGCACGUACGUGGCUGGCCGGAUCUUGAACCUGCUUAACCAGGACGAGGAAAUAUUCGGGGUCGAUGUGGAGUGCACCAAGGUCUUUAAGGAGUUCAUUGCGCGCGCCCAAGACUUCUACAAGAAGUAUCCCGCCAUGAGUGGAGUGGUGGGGAGGGAGGUGGAUUUGGAGGCGGCUGUGACAGCAUACUUGGAGUCGAGGGGGAGUUGUGGGAUGCCAAAGGCUAUGGAGGCCCGGGAGAAGGUGAAGCAAGGGAAGCAGACGAUGGAGCAGUGGUGGAUGUGGCAUUGCACUGAGUGGCCCGAGCUGGCGCGCCUUGCACGUCGUGUUCUGUCCCAGCCCGGGUAUGUCGUGGAGGAGGCUUAG